AUGGCGCCACCGAAGAACAUCGACGUGGACGCCGAGUCCGAGCUCGCCUCGCAGCUUGCCGCCGAUGUCGCAGCCGCCGAGUCAUCGACCGCUGCCAAGGCAAAGGCAUCCUCAUCCUCCUCCUCCAGCACACCAGCAGCUGAGCGACAGCCCUUCUCCGCCCUCGACCUCUCGGAACCCACCCGCAAGGCUAUCGACGCCAUGGGCUUCAAGACCAUGACCGAGGUGCAAGCACGAACCAUCCCACCUCUCAUGGCCGGCAAGGAUGUGCUUGGUGCUGCACAGACCGGAUCCGGAAAGACGCUCUCGUUCCUUAUUCCCGCUAUCGAGAUGCUGCACAGGCUCAAGUUCAAGCCAAGAAACGGCACAGGGGCCAUCAUCAUCUCUCCAACCCGCGAACUCGCGCUUCAGAUCUUUGGCGUGGCGAAGGAGCUCAUGGCGCAUCAUCACCAGACUUUCGGCAUCAUCAUGGGUGGCGCAAAUCGUCGCGCAGAGGCAGACAAGCUGCAAAAGGGCGUGAAUCUGAUCGUCGCUACGCCAGGUCGACUGCUCGACCACCUCCAGAACACCAAGGGCUUUGUCUUUUCGAAUCUCAAGGCGCUUUGUAUCGACGAGGCGGACCGUAUCCUCGAGAUUGGUUUCGAGGAUGAGAUGCGACAGAUUGUCAAGAUCCUGCCUAACGACAAUCGACAGAGCAUGCUCUUCUCAGCGACGCAGACCACCAAGGUGCAAGAUUUGGCGCGUGUCUCGCUCCGGCCCGGUCCUCUCUACAUCAACGUUCACGCAGACCUGGCAGCGAGCACAGUGUCGCGCCUCGAGCAAGGCUACGUCGUGUGCGAAUCAGACCGCCGCUUCCUCCUCCUCUUCACGUUCCUCAAGAAGAACGCGGGCAAGAAGAUCAUUGUCUUCAUGAGCUCGUGCAAUUCGGUCAAGUACCACUCGGAUCUGCUCAACUUCAUCGACGUCCCCGUGCUCGACCUGCACGGCAAGCAGAAGCAGCAGAAGCGCACCAACACGUUCUUCGAAUACUGCAACGCGCCCUCUGGAACUUUGCUCUGCACGGACGUGGCAGCUCGAGGUCUCGACAUCCCUAGCGUCGACUGGAUCAUCCAGUUUGAUCCACCCGAUGAUCCGCGUGACUACAUCCACCGCGUCGGCCGUACCGCGCGUGCGGGCAACAGCGGCAAGUCGCUCCUCUUCCUGCUCCCUACCGAGCUCGGUUUCCUCCGCUUCCUCAAAGUGGCCAAAGUGCCGUUGAAUGAAUACACCUUCCCCUCGGACAAGGUGGCAAACGUUCAAGGUCAACUCGAGAAGCUCAUCAGCAAGAACUUCUACCUCCACGAAUCGGCACGCGAUGGCUACCGAUCCUAUCUGCAGGCGUACGGAUCGUACUCGUUGAAACGCAUCUUCGACAUUCACAAGCUGGACCUGGCCAAGGUGGCAAAGGCCUACGGAUUCGCCGUGCCCCCCAAGGUCAAUAUUACAAUCGGCGCUGGGUUGAAGGCGCCAUCUGGCGGGAGCGGGGGAAAGAGGAAGGAGAUCGAUGCCGACGGCGAGGGAGAGGGCGAGGAUGAGAUCAACCCAAAGAGGGGGCUGAGCGACAGGAGAGCGUACUACAGGAGGAAUCACCAGAACGGCGGUGGCAAGGAUCAUUUCAAGAAGUCCGGGGCCAAUGCGACGGGCAACAGGGGCGGCAAGCAGUGGUCGAGGUGA